AUGGCGACUUCAUCACCCUCUUCAUUGCCACCGUUUUUCUCCCUUCCAUAUCACAUUAGGAAACGAGUUUAUGUCUUCGCCGGCUUAAGUCGAGAAUGCCCCGUCACCCUUGUGCCUCGUGAGCGAGCCGGGCUGUUCUACGGCCCAAGGGAGUUGCCUUUGGUUCACACUUGCGCCUUCGACUUUCGCCGGCGAUGGCUACCGGGCUGUGUCUCACAUGGCCAUGAUCCCGCUUGCUUAUGCCCGGAGUUUCCUAAACAACUGCUACUCGUUUGCAAAUUCCUCCACCACGAGAUCCAGCAAAUUCUUUACGGCGAAAACAAUUUCGUUCUGAGCCGGCAAGGAAAUGCUGGCCAUCUAAAGGUCAUCAGAAUGCUUUCAAAUGAAGCUUUAUGCUACUUGCGCCAUCUCCUCGUCCGUCUGAAUAGUUGGCCUUGCGUUCGGGGACAUAGUAACGCGACAAGCGAGGCCUGCAUGAUAUGCCCCGACGGCUUUUCUCUACGCGACUCCGAGGUUUCAGUAGGUGACGAAAACUCUGAGCGUGUUGUUGAUGAGUGGGAGGCUAUAUGUGAGGUCCUUUCGCAUAUUCCGCCCAACCGUCUUCAUCUCGAACUCAUCUGCGAUGUUGGUCAACCAGAAAUGGCCCGCCGUAUCUUGGAGCCGAUGAAUUCAAUCCCUCGCCUAAAGGGCUGCACCAUCAGGUUUGGAAGGAAACCUCACCAUGCUCUCCGAUCGCUCGCAAGAGAAACGGCCACUCGCCUUACUGCAACAAGAGGCAAUAUUCAACCUUUCCGGUUCUCUGAGCUACCUCGUGAACUACGUCUUCGGGUUCUUUGGCAUACAAACCUUGGAUUGGGAGGUUCGUUUAAUCCGAAGUACAGCACCAUCGUCGUCGUGAGAGGGAAAUAUGACCAUCGAGCGGUGGGUGGUAGCCACAGUAGCCAUGCCAUACGAACUUGUUGUCUUGAGUGUUCGUUUACCAAGCUUCAUUGCUCUUGCACCUCAAAAUAUGCAUCAUAUAACCCAUAUUGCCGAUGCAGGCCUCUACCAUUGGAGCUGUUUCUCGUGAGCCGGCAACUGUCUAAGGAUGCUUCUGAAGUCCUCUAUUCAACAAACACCUUCCGGUUCGCGCACGACUUUUCUCAUACCAUCAACAUGCUGAGCAAUAUACCACCAGAGUCUCUGAAGCGGCUCAGAUGUGUUGAAUUCAACUUCGACUGGUCCAAAAAUUGGGACGCGAACAAGUCGGAAUGGCGCCGUCUUCUUCGACUUAUGGCUGACCAUUGCCGUCAUUCGAGGCUCUUCAUUAAAAUCACCGUCGAUACGAUGGACUCUGAAGCGGCCAGAAUGACGGAGGAAGAGGAGGACAGGGAUGGCUUCAUGAGAAUGUGCUAUGCGUCAUACGUUGAUAUCGUCCACAGUAUCAAGGAGUCUCACUUAGUGCUGCAAGACUUUCAUUUAUUCCUGCCAUUGUUCUGGGAUUUGGAGCCUGUUUUGGAGAGAUACGUCAUGGGCCCAGAUUAUGACAGCAAGAAAGGGAAUCGGUAUCCUAAGCCUGGUCACUCCUCGGACCUCUACGGGCCCGAGCACCCGUUCUAUUGCGCAGUCCCAAAGUGGCACAAGGAUCUUUAG